CGUCAUCUCCUUUAAUCUUUUCUGAGUUCUUUGGGACGGAAAAGGACACAAAUAAAUCGUCUUUAACCGAUCGAAAUCAAUGGGAACGAGAGCAAGAAGGAAGCAGAGCUGGUACAAGCAGACACUGACGCCAUUAAUGGAAGGACCAAUGGACCCGGAAAUCCAAGAUGAAGGGAGCAAGAAGGAGAGGUCUUGGGAACUCAUCGGAGAAUGCUUUCGAACACACAAGGAUUUGUCAUUGUCUCCUACUAAUAAUAACAGCUUCCCACUGUCCGAUUAUCCCGGAAGUAAUGUUCCGGCGGCGGCCAAGAGACAAGACUUGAGGCUUUUGCUCGGCGUCUUGGGUUGCCCCCUCGCCCCUAUUCCGCUACCUGAUCACCAAAUUCAUCACAUUCUCCCCAAAGACAUUCCCGUUCAAGUAUCAAUGGCGCAUUACAUCAUACAGCAAUACUUAGCGGCGUCGGGGUGCUUGAAGCAGCGGCAGAAUUGCGGGGCGAAGAACAUGUUCGCGACGGGGAGUGUGAAGAUGGUAUGUUGCGAGACGGAGAUAUCGACGGGGACGGGGUUGGGGAAAGGGAAGAGUAUGGUGAAGAGUUUAGGUAGGAGGAGUGAAGAGAUGACCGGUUGUUUUGUGGUAUGGCAAAUGAAGCCGGAGAUGUGGUCUCUCGAGCUCGUCGUAGGAGGCAACAAGGUCAUCGCCGGCAGCGACGGAAAAACGGUGUGGCGACACACGUCUUGGCUGGGCACGCAUGCUGCCAAGGGUCCUCGACGUCCUUUGAGACGCAUUAUCCAGGGGCUGGAUCCAAGGACAACAGCCAGCUUAUUUGCAAAAGCGCAAUGCUUGGGGGAGAAACGAAUAGGCGAUGAGGAUUGCUUCGUACUGAAAGUAAGCGCCGACCGUGCAGCAGUUAUGGAACGGAAUGAAGGGCCGGCGGAGGUGAUCAGACACGUGUUGUAUGGUUACUUUUCCCAAAAGAGUGGGCUGUUGAUAUACUUGGAGGACUCCCACUUGACCAGAGUCCAAACGCAAGGAGACGAUGCCUACUGGGAAACAACCAUCGGAAGCAGCAUUGAGGACUACAGAGACGUGGACGGAGUGUUGAUAGCGCACCAAGGACGAUCGAUCGCUACCGUUUUCCUAUUCGGGGAGCAGUCGAUGCAGCACAGCCGGAGUCGGAUGGAGGAAUUUUGGAGCAUCGAUGAUGUUGUUUUCAAUGUUCAGGGACUCUCCAUUGAUUCCUUCAUUCCUCCAGCUGAUAUCUUUGAUCCUUAAUAUAGAUAUAUGUAUUUACCUUCACUAAUCAUUUCCACUUUCACUGUAACAACUAACUUCAUCAUCAACAAUGAACGUAUAAAAUAUUGGUGGGGAGGGUUGAUGGAU